CCGUGCUGCACGCUGGAAUCACGAGUGCGGAAAUACAACUCGCGUUUCCCUGUUUCUGUGGUGUUUUUGAUUUUUCUUCCAGCUGUUUUCAAGUCUACCACCGGCAAAGACAACAAAGACACUAACUCGUCUCGAAGGAUGGCUUGGGAGGGCAGACUCACCUUCCUCCUCCUCUUCUUCUCCGUGCUUCUCAUGCUAUCACAUGUGUGCAACUGUCAUCCUCACUCUGCUCGAUGUAUGAAUUCAACAUGUGCUACCGAUAAAACAUCCAAUAAUACUACAAAGAAAGCUUCAGACAUCGCAGCAGAGGUCGCUGGCUAUGCUGAUGUGGCCAAACAGAUCAUUGACUUGGCUGUGUUCGGUGCCGCCCAGAACCGCUCCUACAGACGACUGGCCGACUUCACAGACACCAUCGGGAACCGUGUUAGUGGUUCGCAAAACCUGGAGUUGGCUAUUAAAUACAUGUUCAACGCCUUAACGCAGGACGGGCUGGAUGUGCAUCUGGAGCCAGUCAAAAUCCCACACUGGGUAAGAGGGAAGGAGAGUGCAGAGAUGAUUGCACCCAGGGCCAAGAGUCUGGCCAUACUGGGGCUAGGUAGCAGUGUUGGAACACCCCCUGAAGGUAUCGAGGCAGCGGUGUUGGUGGUUCAGUCUUUUGAAGAACUGAAGCGCAGAUCCAGCGAAGCCAUGGGGAGGAUCGUAGUUUUUAACCAGCCGUUUGUCAGCUACGGAGAGACGGUGGCUUAUCGGGCUUUUGGUGCCUCUGAGGCAGCCAAAGUAGGAGCUGUGGCCACGCUGAUUCGAUCCAUCACCCCAUUCUCGAUAAACAGUCCCCACACAGGUUGGCAGGACUACCAGGACGGAGUGAGGAGAAUCCCUACUGCCUGCAUCACCGUGGAGGAUGCUGAGCUGAUGUGGCGAAUGGCACAAAGGGGCCAGAAGAUUGUGGUCAGACUCACAAUGGAAGCCAAAACUCUGCCGGACGCUGACUCCUUCAACACAGUGGCUGAGAUAAGAGGCUGGCAGCACCCUGAGCAGGUCGUCUUACUGAGCGGUCAUUUGGACAGUUGGGAUGUGGGCCAGGGUGCCAUGGAUGAUGGAGGUGGAGCCAUGAUUUCCUGGGAGGCCCUGUCACUCAUCAAAGACCUGGGUUUACGUCCCAGAAGGACUUUGCGCACCGUGCUGUGGACGGCUGAAGAGCAGGGUGGAGUUGGUGCUCAACAGUACUAUAAUCUACACAAGGUGAACAUGGCUAACUUUGACCUUGUCAUGGAGUCUGACUUGGGGACAUUCACCCCAGUCGCGCUGCAGUUUACUGGCAGUGACGCAGCAAGAAAGGUGAUGGAAGAAGUGGUCAAACUUCUGGCUCCCAUUAACACGACCAAACUGGAGGCUCAUGGUGAAGGAACGGACAUCUCACCGUGGAUGCAGGCCGGAGUUCCAGGUGCCAGCCUCCAUGUGGCUGACAGUCGCUACUUUUGGUUCCACCACAGUGAAGGCGACACCAUGACGGUCCAGGACCCUCGAGACAUGAACCUCUGCUCGGCAUUGUGGGCCGUGGUUUCCUACGUCGUGGCCGACCUGCAGGACAUGCUGCCCAGGUAGCGCGUAAACAACAGGAUCAUGUGAAUCCCAAAACGCCUGGCUGAAUCCAGGUAGUUUAGAAAUACUUGAGAUUGAAUAGUUAAUUUUUUAAUGCAGAUUUCUGUUUACAGUUUGAAUGUAAAUCGACUUUAGAUCAGAGAGAAUGGAAACUGUGUGAAGACUCUGAUUGAAAUCUGUUAGAUCUAUUAUGGUAAUUUUGAAUGUGAAGCGAGCUGAUGUCAAGGUCCAAAGAGAGGGCAAAUUAAAGUUUAUGUAAAACCCUGUGUGGCAUGAUAGAUACCUGUAUGAUCAGGCUAUAUAAUGACCUUCAUGAUUUUUAGCAGAGAAAAACACAGUAUCUUUAAGUUUGGAAGAAAAAUGAAUAUUUUUAAGUAAAUAGCUGCUUUUAAGUAAUAGGAUUGUGGAUUUUCUCAGGUACUGUAUUUAUAUCCUUUGCACCAGAAUGGAUGAAACGAGGAUGUUUUUAAGUGUAGAAAUAUAUUUUGAAAAAUGUUAGAAAGUCUUAACUUGUGUUUCUGUAUCAGUAGUGAGUUUAUGGAGAAGAAGAAACAAACUGUGAUGAGAAAUUGCAGUGCUGUCUAGAAUUCCCCAGUUUCCUGUGUUAUCUAAAGAAAAACUUUAAAAAUCAGUUUUAAGCUUGUUCAGGUUAACAUUUUAAAUCAUUUCUAUCAACAUUUUUGUUUAUUGUAGCCUCUCUAUUUUUUUCCUAAUGUUAUCUUCAUGAUGUUUUGUAAGAUCUGACACAAAAUCAUUUGGUGCAUCAUUAAAGUAUUAAUCAUUGUUUUACGCAAUGAAACCCGUC